CUUAAGACGAAGAAGACGCAGGCGCCUAUCUACGAGCAAAUGACUGCAAUGGUGGUGGAAGAGAUAUAACAAGGCAUCGGUCGGCGCUGAUGACCACCGCAGGGAGGACUAGUUCAAACGCUGCAUUGUCAUCGUCGGCCAGUAACGCCUGAAUCGCUAGUCCUGUGGCGCCCAUUACACGAUAACGUGUUUCUAGUGACACCUCUUACCUUUCCUUUCCGUGCUUCAGCUACAAUGUCGGAAUAUUUCCGUUUGUCAGACUGCGACGUUAUCGGCUUCGAUUUAGACCAUACGCUCUGCCGGUAUCAUCUGAAGGAGACCUCCAAGCUGAUCUAUGAGAGCUUUGCCAGGUAUCUGGUGGAACAUAAAGGUUAUGAUAAGGACCUGUUGAACCUAACGCCUGCUACGUGGGAUUUUUGUUUUAAGGGGUUAGUGGUGGACCUUGAAGAUGGAAACUUGGUGAAGCUGGCUGAAGAUGGAACCGUACUGAGAGCAACACAUGGAACUACUGAGCUUAGCACAGAGGAGAUCAUCAAACAUUAUGGUCCGGCAAGGGAGUGGAAGCAUUUUAACAGCCUCAAUACCUCUUUCGCUAAAUCUGCCAAAUACUACAUGUAUGACAACUACUUUGAUCUACCUGGUGCGCUUCUCUGCGGAAGGGUUGUGGACAUGUUGCACAAGUGGGGAAAUGAAGUGAAUUCAGACUUUUGGAAAGACAUGGUUGCUGCCAUUGACCACAAUUACAACACAUCUGCAUUCAGAGAGGAUGCAGGGACUUAUUUUCCCAGUGUAAAGAGGGAUCCAGGCCGGUACUUACAAACCUGUUCCGAUUCGGUCAAGACUUGGCUGCGGAGCAUGAAGAAUGCGGGAAAAGUCCUCCUCCUCAUAACCAGCUCCCACAGCGAUUACUGCAGGCUCAUCUGUGAACACAUCCUGGGGAAGGACUUUGAGGAGCUUUUCAACGUCAUCAUCACAAAUUCCCUCAAGCCUGGUUUCUUCUCCUUAAAACCACAACAGAGAUCUUUCAAGAACCUAGUGAAUAAUGUGGAGGAAACGGAGGAUCUGCCAUCAUUGGAAAAACCUGGUUGGUACUCGCAAGGCAACUGGCUUCACCUCCAUGAACUGCUGAAGACCAUGACAGGGAAAACCGAACCCAAGGUUGUGUACUUUGGAGAUAGCAUGAGGUCGGACAUGUUCCCCGCCAGCAGUUUUGGGAAAUGGGAAACGGUGAUGAUUGUGGAGGAAAUGGAGGGGGAGGGAGUUCCCAAGAGUGACGCAGCAAAAUUGAACGAGGCCCAGGUGGAGCCGCUGGAGAAAAAGGGAAAGUAUGAGGAAAGCAUGAAGUCACCCUCCGCCGUGUCCAACCAGUGGGGUUCCUACUUUGUCGAUACACACAGAGGCGGUGGAGAAGAUGAAGAAAGUCCGAAACUGACCUGGUGCUGCCACUGUAUUCACAAAUACAGCGCCAUGGCCAUCCCCAGUGUUGAGCACAUAGCAAAUCUCCCCCUGGAUUACAAGUUUCGUAGGUUUUCGCCUGAUAAGCCAUGCACCACCGGAUACUUCCCCAGACCCCCGGAUUCUUUGCUAAAGAUAUGCAAAAGUUUGUCCUAAAAAAAGAAAGUGUAUCAUUAAAAAAAGACUCAUUCCUUCCACCCGCCUACAGCCUCUUUGUAGACAUUUGCCUCCACUUAUCUGUACCUUUCCCACCCAAUCCAAAAUCAUUUGUGGAGCACCAAAUGCCCCUGUUCCUGAAUCAUUCUGAAAAACGUGUUGAAUGUAACCUCAGCUAAAGAGUCUGUGUGUGUAUUUGAGCAUUGUUUUGUAGUUUAGUACACAGUACAUUUUGAGAGUACACAAGUAUGGGUGUGUGUCUGUGUAUGUUCGUCUAUCUGCAGAGUAAUUACUUGUUUAAAAUGUCGUGCUCUCAUGUGUUAUAUACUGUAUUAUGCUCCUUUUAAUUUCUUACUAUUUGACAGUUUCAGAUCUCAUGUACUUUAAAAAAAAAAAAACAACAAAAAAACGUCCACAUGUGGUUACCUCAAUGAUGUUCCCUUACACAAACAACCCAGGUUAUUGCAGCUGUUUUUUCUUUCACGAGCAUCUGUGCCAUCACUGUUAUUGUUGAAGUGUUCUUAGAAAACGUGGUUUUCUCGAUGAAUUUGAGUACCUUGUACGGUCUUUUUGCCUGUGGCAGUUAUGUGGAAAAUAUUCAUGUUAAGGCAGGGGUCUCCGAGUGUACAUGAUGCCUCUAUUCAAUGACAAAUGACCACAAAAUACCAUAAUAAAGACAAUGAUCACACUGUUUGAGUGAAGAGCUGCUUUGAAAAUAAAGUAGAAUUUAAAUGGCGCCAGUCACAUUAACAGCACCUCUCCUUCUUUGUUUUUGUCGAAGUAGCUCUAAUAGCGCUGAAACUAGGAGAGCCCUGUCUUAAGGUCAUGAAGUGUUAAAGAGCUUGCACAAUGCUAUUUCAAUAAAAGACGAUGAAUGUUGAAAAGCAA